AUGGAGCUUCCAUUCACCAACCUAGAAGUGGCAUUCAUUUUACUGGCUUUUGUUAUCUUUUCCUUAUUUACCCUGGCUUCCAUCUACACUAGCCCGGAUGACAAGAAUGAAGGUAAAGAGAGAGAACUCUUUGUGGCUGCCCUCUGUUUCCUUUCUCUUCACCACCAUCUUCUGUAUGGUUGA